AAAGGUAUUUAGUGUGUAAAAAUUUACAAUCUUCAUUAAAUAGAAUGGCUGGUUGUUUACCAGCACCUAAGUCAUCCAAAACUUCAUCGGCUAGAAACAAUCAUUCCGAUUGCAUAGAUCAAAAAUCAAAUUUUCGACAAAAAACACGUAAAUUUCCUAAUCAAUUGCAUCAACCACAACAUCAAACAAUCACCAGUAGCACUGACCUUGUUCAUGAUACUGAAGUUAAUCGAAAAUUUGGUAUUCUCAUGGAUGACGAUUUAGUUGACGCUGGUAAUCACAAUCAAUCGACCAGUGGUGGUGCUAUUGGUUUAAUUAUUAAACAUUUUUUAAAUAUCAAUGAAAAAUUAAAUCAAUUGAAAAUGGAACAAUCCUCAUUGAAAAUGGAUAUCUUACGAAUAUGUCAUAUGGAUGUAAUUGAACAAGAUGAAAAAUUUAUGGAAUUUAUUCAAGGAAUGAAUGAAGAUUUUGCUGAACAUCAAUGUGUAGCUUUAUCGAAAUUGUUAACAUUCUCACAAAAUCCACAACUUAUGGAAGAUAGACAAAUGGAAUUAUAUAAAGCAUGUUUAGAAAAAUGGCAGAUUCCAACAAUUGAACGUAGUUCUAUUCCUUGGCCUUUAUUAUCCAUUAAUCGUUCAGCAAUUAUUCAUGGAUUAUUAGGUGAUAAUGAGCAUUGUACAUCACCUAAUAUGUUACCAUCAGAAUAUCGUCCAAAUAUACGUCUUACACAAUUUACACAUGCACAUUUACAUCAUUUAGAUACUUUACGUGAUAGUCGAAUUGUUUUAAUAUGCGGUAAUCCAUCGAUUGCAUACAACUCUGAACCAGCUCAAUCAAUGUUUAUUUAUUCACGUGGAUUUGGUACGAUAAAUACAUAUUGCACUACAGACGGGGAUCAAUGGAAUAACUUAGAUCAAGUAAUACCUAGAUUAAAGCCAAGACUUCCACCGGGUACUUUAAUUUGGGGUCAACCAUUUUAUGAAUAUUCUGUAAAG